AUGACGGUACCGCUUCUUCAAACCAACACGAACUCUUCAGAAGAGCUACAUCUACGCCAGCUUCGCCAGAAACUGCUGCUGCUGCUGGCUAUAAUAGUCGGUUUGGUGGCUGCGGUCGGUGGGUUUCUUUAUGGCUACGAUACGGGGCUUAUUAAUGAUAUCUUGGAGAUGCAAUACGUGAAAGCUCAUAUCCCGCUGGAGAAGGGUGACUUUAACACCCACGAAAGGGCUCUUAUCACGGCGAUCUUGUCGCUAGGAACGUUCUUUGGUGCUCUUGUGGCGCCUAUAAUUUCAGACUCGUACGGACGUAAACUGUCGAUUAUCGUGAGUCUGGCGAUCAUUUUUAAUAUCGGUAAUGUUCUACAAGUCAGUGCUACUGACGUGGGCUUGCUUUGCGCUGGAAGAGGCGUUUCUGGUCUUUCAGUGGGCAUUUUGUCGGCUAUUGUGCCGUUGUACCAGGCUGAAGCCUCUCCGAAAUGGGUUAGAGGUUCUAUCGUUUUCACAUAUCAGUGGGCCAUCACCUGGGGCCUUUUAUUGGCUUCGGCCAUUUGCCAGGGCACGCGGAAACUUCAGUCUUCUGCGAGUUAUAGAAUCCCUAUUGGCGUCCAGUUCGUCUGGUCUAUAGUUCUUUGCAUCGGUAUGCUUUUCCUUCCAGAAAGCCCUCGAUUCUAUGUUCAAAAAGACAAUAUCCAGCUGGCUCUACAGAGUCUAAGCAAACUUCGACGUCUUCCAGACGACGAUGCAGACCUCAUCGAAGAGUUGGUUGAAAUCAAAGCCAACUACGACUACGAAAUGAGUUUCGGCAAAACUUCCAUUCUCGACUGCUUUCGUCUGGGCGGUGGUCGACACAAACAGAAGCUUCGGAUGGCCACAGGUAUGGGCGUCCAUGCAUUCCAACAAUGUUCAGGCAUUAAUUUCAUUUUCUACUACGGGGUGAACUUCUUUUCCAGCACUGGUGUUGGGAACUAUUACCUCAUGUCUUUCUUUACGUAUUUGGUGAAUGUGGUAUUCACUAUUCCAGGCAUCAUUCUAAUUGAAGUGGUUGGUCGACGCAAAUUGUUAAUGUGGGGCGGUGUCGGUAUGAGCGUGUGUAACUUCAUUAUCGCCAUUGUCGGUGUUCUGGUGGCUGCUCAACAGACCCGUUCCAUUGUCAGCAUUGUCUUUUCGUGUUGUUUUAUUGCAUGUUUUGCCUCGAGUUGGGGUGGUUGCACUUGGGCUCUUUCCGCCGAUAUGUUUAGCAUCAGUAUUCGUCAGAAAGCCAUUGCCAUUACCGUCGCUACCAACUGGUUGGUUAACUUUGUGUUUGCCUUCAUCACUCCUUAUCUUAUAGACACGGGGCAACACACGGCGGCGUUGGGCAAUCGGAUUUUCUUUAUCUGGGGUGGACUCAACGCUCUUGGUAUUGUUUUUGUUUAUUUCAUGGUUUACGAAACCAAGGGACUUAAAUUGGAGGAGGUCGAUUUCAUGUAUAUGAAUUGUGAAAACUCCAGAGCAUCCACAAAGUUUGUCAGUCGUGCUAUCGACUAUUCGACCAUGCCAAAUGGUACUGCUACGGGAGUUGACCUGGGCAUUAUUUCUAGAACUGCAACCAGAGGUGGAAAAGACUCUUCGUCGCCUUCUACUGGCGAAGGUGGGGUUGGCUUCGCUAAAGAUUCAAGCAUGGAGAUGAGCGAUCUCAGACACAGACGGUCGCCUAAUCAUAAUAACAAUAACGUUCAUCUCGUUGCUCACGAUAACAUGUUGGCUCCAACACUCAGCAACACGUCUAGCGAGUCGUCUCCAGACUCCACCAUGUCUACACCAGGUGUUUCCGACUACCAGAAGUAUCUUCUGACGUUGAGGGAGCAGUCUGGCGAUAAAGUGAGCCGAACCAGCUCCUCCCAUACUUCAGCACCUACCCACAGAUUAUACAAGUGUGGUUCUAAGACUGGAAAUGGAGAGAUGAAGAUUACACCGAUUAAGAGACAGCUGAGCGAAGCCAGUGUGAUACCUAACCCAGGCAGUUCAUACACCAGCACUAGUUUACAGGAAGGUAUUGGAAAGAAGGGAGGGCUUGUGAACGCAGCCCUGUUCUUUGCCAGUCCUCCCAGCGACUCAGAUAGCGACGACCUGAAUGAAGACGGCGAAGAAGAAACGGGAGAUGCAGCGAAAACCGAGGGUUUGAAGAAAGAGACCAAUUACGAACCAGAAUCCCUGGAAGACGAUAAGCAUAAUAAUUAG